UUCUUUUUGAAACACCAGUAUACAUAGUUCAUAUUCCGAUUGUAUGUGUAAACAAUGAGUGACAGAUUUGUAAAAAAGAGAAACAAAGAAGGGUAAAAAGGAGAAACACAGCAAAAGAAAAGUACUAAAUACUCUGAACGGUGCACUUGUCUUCCCUUGUCCGAAUACUACUGUGGAUAUUUUUUCUCUAACAGAUCUGUGGAUCUUCUCAACACUCAAACGCUUAAAAUGAUGAGAUCUUAGCCUGAGAAUAUUAUCAAAGAGAGAGAGAGAGAAUAAGCUCGUGACAAAAAAAUCCGAAGAGUUCAUUUUUUCAUCCUCGCCGCCAUUGCUGUUCUACAGUGAGCUUCGACAGUUGACACCUGUUAUCCAAGUGAGUUUCUUUUGUUGGUGAUUUUUGAGGCAAACUCGUUUUUUUUUGGGGCUUACUGGCAUUUAUUUAAAAUUAAAUCUAUGCUUUAUUUAAUGUUAAUAUGUUUGUGAUUGUUUUGCAACUUUCAUUAUUAGGGCAAAGCUUGUAGCUUCAAGAACAAAAAUAAUUGGUCUUUGUUCUUCUUCUUCUUCGGCUAAAACAAAUAUCUUCUUGUUCUUCUGUGUAUUUAUUAUUCUGCUAAGACUAUUGACCAAAGCUCAGUCUCCCUGUAGAUUCAGCAAAGUCAUCACUGCAACAUACUCAGGCUUUUUUGGUCUAUCAUCAUAGCUCUGCAACUGUUUCGCUUCAGACACAAAAGAAAGAGAGAGAGAGAGAGAGAGAGCUUAAUUAGGGCUUUAGCUGGAGUCCAUUUGUCUCUCACCGCCGACUAUAUCUUCUUCUCCGGUGGAUCCUUUGAGCUUUGAGCUAAACCUUCAAAGCAUGAGAGUAGCCUUUCAAUGGAGGUCGACGACGACAUUGAUGCACAACAACAAACAAGCAGAAAGCUACAGAGAAUCUCCUCAGACAACGACAAAAACGGGAUGAGAGACUGGAACAAUCCAUCUUCAAGAAUCAUUAGGGUUUCUCGAGCAUCCGGUGGCAAAGACCGACACAGCAAAGUCUUGACCUCAAAAGGGCUUAGAGACCGGAGGAUACGUCUCUCCGUCGCAACAGCAAUCCAGUUCUACGAUCUCCAAGACCGUCUUGGCUUCGACCAGCCCAGCAAAGCCGUUGAAUGGCUAAUCAACGCGGCUGCCGACUCCAUCUCCGAGUUGCCUCCGAUCAACACAAGUUUCGACCAGGCGCUCUCGCUGUCUAAAUCGGCUUGUAGCAGUGGCACAUCUGAGAGCUCGCUGUUGUCUUUGUCGAGGACAGAGAGUCGUGGUAAAGCGAGAGAGAGAGCUAGAGAGAGAACAGCGACGGACAAAGACAAAGACUUGCAAAAUGCUCAAAGCUCUUUCACUCAGCUUCUCACCGGCGGUUUUGACGAACCGAACCGGAAUUGGAUCGGUGGUUCUUCUUCUGAUUGUUUCACCCCGGUUCAGCUCAUACCGAGCCCAUCCUCCUCCUCCUCUCUACACCACUACAACAACAGUAAUCAUCGACAAGAGACAUCAUUGAACCAUCAUCAGAAUCAUUUCUCGUUUGUUCCGGAUUACAACUUUGGAAUCUCUUCUUCUGAUUCUCCCGGAGCAGCCGCCGUUAAUGGAGGUUGCUACACUAGUAGGGGGACCCUUCAGUCCAAUUCACACUCUCUCUUUCUCAACAACAACAACGUUAAUCAAAGAGCUACACCUCCUCCUCUUGACCACCAUAAUCACCAGCUUCCAGCAACUUUUGACGGCCGGUUAUAUCUCUAUUACGGCGAAGGAAACCGGAGCUCCGACGAUAAAGGAAAGGAUGGGAGAUAGUAAAGAAAAGUUUCAUUAGUUCCAUCUUGCGGAAGAAAUUGACGAAAGACAGAUGUAUGUGCAGGCCGAACCUUAUCUUUUGAUCUUCCAUCGCAAUCAUAACCCUGAGUGGAUGUGUAACCUGUUCAGACUGCGAGGAAUGUGUUGUUGUUUGAUGAGAAAAUGUGUUAAUGUAACGAAAAUGUUUGUUUUGUUAUCUCAAAUAUAUUCAUCUUUCUGUGUUUUCAUUUAUUUGUCAUGUAAUUUGCAUAAAACUGGGACCAAGGUCCAAGGUCCAAGGUUUGUCUAGUCAUCCUCAUUCUGUUGACUACAUAGUAAGGAGCUUCUAGGUUACAUUUUUCAGUUUA